UCAAAAUCUGGAGGAGGUAGCGCCUUUGUAUAUCCAAGUACACUCGAUCCAUUCCCUCCAAAUUUUCAAAAGAGAGAAUCACCUCUUGUUUUCAAAAGCAAGAAAGGAGCGAAAGCGAGAGAUCAGAGUCAGGAUGGAAGGAGCAGAGAAGAUGGAGAGCAAAGACAAACCUCUAAAAUCACAAGUCGCCGUUCGAUGUGCCAAAGCUGCCAUUCUUCUCUCCUUGCUCAAAUCGUUCCCAAAUCGCCACUUUACAACUUCAAUCGACGACCAGAGAGAGGAGAAGGAGAUGAUGAUGAGAGAGAUCGGCGAUCUGAAGAUGGAAUUGGCGAGGGAGCGAUUGAAGAGUAAGAGGAUCAAACUCUGUGGCUUGAUGGAAGUGAUUCUUCAGGUCAUGGCUGUGCUUUCUAUUUCAACUUUCCUUUUAGUGAUUGUGCUCAUGCAAGGUUGAAUUUGAUGGUAGCAUCUUAUUUCGCUUUUAGUAGUAGAGAUUUGGGUCACUUCUUUGAUUUAACUCUCUGGUCACUACGCCAACGGUUGUCAGUUCAAUUGGCUAAUUGCAAUUGCUUCCUUUGGGACCAGUUUCAACAAUGUCAUGUAUGAAAUGAUUGCCUCUCUGAAAAUGGUGAGCUUAUAUUUAUGGCUACAGUUUGCUUGUUGAAAUAGACAAACCAAUGUAAUUGUACCAAGCAACCUAAGUGCUAAAUUCAUAUCCAAA